CAGCCAACUCUCCGAACGGAUAAAAAGGUAGAUCUUCCUCCCUCCUGCCAGAGGGGCUCAGUUUCAUUCAUUACUGGGAACUCUUCCUUGGAACAUCACUCCUUACACUACCAGCAAGACAACCUCUCCUCUAGCCAUGUCUCGCCAGUCCUGUGCCCGGAGCAUUGGAGGAGGGUUUCAGAACAAGGGUUUCAGUUCCAGCUCUGUCUGCUUUGGGGGUGGAAACAAAGUCAGCUUCAACACUGCUUCCAUGUCCCGUGGAUGUAAUGUCCGUAGCGGAGGCGGUGGCUUUGGCAGCAGGAGCCUGCAUAGCAUGGGGGGCAGCAAAAGAAUCUCCUAUGGUGGAUAUGGUGGCGGUGGCUUUGGCGGGGGUUUCGGUGGCGCCUGUGGCCAAGGGGCUGGGGGCUUUGGAGCAGGUGGUGGCCUUGGCGGUGGCUUUGGCGGUGGCUUUGGCGGUCCAGGUGGACUUGCAAUCUGCCCUCCAUUCCCAGGGUGUCCGCCAGGAGGCAUCAAAGAGGUGACCAUCAACCAGCACCUCCUGCAGCCCCUCAACCUGGAGAUAGACCCGGAGAUCCAAAAAGUGAGGACUGAAGAAAGGGAGCAGAUCAAGACCCUCAACAACAAGUUUGCCUCCUUCAUCGACAAGGUCCGUUUCCUAGAGCAGCAGAAUAAGGUUCUGGAGACCAAGUGGAAACUCUUGCAAGAGCAGGGCCAAGGGACUGGCAUUGGUCAAAAGAACCUUGAUCAGUUCUUUGAGGUCUAUAUCAACAACCUCAGGAAGCAGCUUGAUUGUCUUCAGAAUGAGAGGAGAGGCCUGGAAUCAGAGCUGAAGAACUUCCAAGAUCUUGUGGAGGAUUACAAGAACAAAUAUGAGGAAGAAAUUAACAAGCGCACGGCAGCAGAGAAUGACUUUGUGCUCUUGAAAAAGGAUGUGGAUGCUGCUUACAUGAACAAAGUAGAAUUGCAGGCGAAACUGGACUCCUUGACAGAUGAAAUCAACUUCUUGAGAUGCUUGUACGACGCUGAAUUGAGCCAGAUGCAGCAGACCGUUUCUGACACCUCCGUUGUCCUCCAAAUGGACAACAACCGGAAUCUGGACUUGGACAGCAUCAUUGCAGAGGUCAAAGCUCAGUACGAGGAAAUUGCUCAGAAGAGCCGAGCAGAAGCAGAGUCUUGGUACCAGAGCAAGUACGAGGAGCUGCAGCAAACUGCUGGGAAACACGGUGACAGUCUCCGUGACACCAAGACCGAGAUCUCUGAACUGAACCGGAUGAUUCAGAGGAUACGGUCUGAAAUAGAUAAUGUGAAGAAGCAGUGUGAGAAGCUGCAGGCUUCCAUUGCAGAAGCUGAGGAACGCGGUGAGCUGGCCCUCAAGGAUGCCAGGGACAAAUUGAAUGAACUGGAGGUUGCCCUGCAGAAGGCCAAGGAAGAAAUGACCCGUCUCUUGAGGGAGUACCAGGAGCUGAUGAAUGUCAAGUUGGCGCUUGAUAUUGAAAUUGCCACCUACAGGAAAUUGCUGGAAGGAGAGGAGAGCAGGAUGUCUGGAGAGUGUCAGAGCACCGUGAGCAUCUCUAUGGUUGGCUCCUCUAAUACUUCUGGCGGUGGAUAUGGUGGUGGAUUUGGAGGUGGAUUUGGAGGUGGAAUGUGCUAUGGAGGAGGAUCUGGUGGCCUUGGUGGAUUCAGCUCUGGAAGCGGAAGAGGUGUUUGCAGCAUAGGAGGUGGGGGAGCUUGCUCUGUCGGCGGAGGAUACGGAGGAGGAUAUAGUUCCGGAGGCACCAUUGUGAAAAAGACCACCACAUCCUCCACUUCCAUCAAGUCUUCAAGCAGGAAAUAAGAAGCAACAGGUGCAGUGAUGACAACAUCAGCAUGGAUGAAAGAACCAUUUUUCUGAAGACAUCUGCAAAGCCACCCUGAACAAAAUCUUGGCGCCUUUCAGAAAAAUGGACUGUGCCCCUUAUGGCCCUUAUGGCUGCUCUCCCAGGAUAUUUUUUAAGUCUUGCAUUGUUUGGGUGGGAUACAGACUGACUUAGCUGAACUUAAGUACCAUUGAGUUCUGUGAUUCCUGUCAUUGCUAACUUGUCUCAUUUAUGUCAGUGGGACCUUAGUUCAUCUAAUGUCUUCAGUAUCCAACCCAAGCAACCCAACCCAAACUUAGUCUGUAACCCACCCUUUGUUCUUAACUCAUUGUUGACACAUUUCAUGCCCCUAACGUAAUUAGGUCUAGUCAACAUAUGUGUAAUAUGUGAAGGCUGUGUUUGCAUGAACAAGGGCAAACAGUAUUAGGUAGUCCUAUAGAGGUUAUUCUAGGCAAUGUGUGCCUUGCUUUUGUACCAUUCACACAUCUUUUAUGUAGAGCAGCACUCUGCCCUGUGGCCUACAAGGAGGAAUAUCUCUAUCCUAGGUAUCCCAGAAUUCUCAUUGGCUGUGUUUCAACUGAGGAGACACUUUUAUCUCUUUGGUGGAUUGAAACACCUGGAACAGGCUUCACUCUGGAUAGGUACGGUUCACACGAGAAAACAAUUCUAGGAGUCAGGUUGUUUGAUUCUCAUAACGUUUAAAGAGUACUGCUAUUUUGUCUACAUUCUAACUCCUCUGAAUGAAACCUGAUGAGGAAAUAAUGUGAAUUACAUCAAAAACUGCUUAUGUGAACACAGCCUUCAUGUUUUGCUCAUUCAUGCAAAUCAGUGCUAUUUUUCUAGAAAAAAAGAGGUGCUGGAACUCACCAUAAGCACCUCCCUCAUUCUCUUAAAUGGCAAUGGUGCCCACCUGAGAGGUUCUGGAGAGUUCUGGCUGGGGAAAAAAUGCCCUGAUACAAAUGAAUAUCUUUCCAGCUACUCUCCUGUGAUUACCUGCCUGUGGUUUUGCUGAGUCAUAAUGGUUACUUACUUAAAUGAAUAUGCAAAAUACCUGCAGCUGAAAGGUAGGGGCAUGUGAUCUUGCCAAAGUCACACUCCUUUAAGUCCCAUUGACGCCAAUGAGAGAGCUUAAGCAUAUGCUUAAGUCAUUCCUAUUGAAAGCAAAACGGCUUAUCCAGAUUUAACUUUAGCUGCUUUGUGCUCCACAUUCUCUCUUUCUUUUUGUAAUGGCCUUGAAAAUCUUUUUGUUUUGGUGGUGAUUCCUUUCCUCUCGCGUGUGAUCACUUGCAGCUCAUUAAACUCUAAGUGAAGAGAA